GAGCAAACAAGACGAAGGACUGCGAUGACAGAAGAUCAUUCUCAGAGGUAUACCACACAGCUGGCCAAGUGUUGCCGCCCUGUGCAGUACACAUCACAAACAUGAUAGUAACUUCAGUCUCCAGGUGCUCGUGGUGACAAUACCUUCCAGGCCUUGACACGGUACGGGAACUUGCCGCCCCGCGUAGAGCAUCCGAGCUUCGCAAUCCAUCGCGGGGAACCCGAUCUCAAAUCACCCUAACCUCACAACGGUGAGGGGCAACCGGCGUUAGCCUCAGAAGCUCUCUAUAGUUUGCAGGCGGAACCUUGAGAGUUUGUCUUUGACCAUUCCCUAGCGCAGCCGAGGUGCGCCAAUACUGCAACGUCGAGUCUGCUGCUCUUCUUCCACCAUACGGUCUAGGCGUCAUUAAAUCUGGCAAACUCGUCUAUCUGGAUCAUCUUGAAUGCCCUUACAGCCCUUACAGACUGUUCUCUUACCAAGAAACCAGGGCGCUAACAAGGCUAACACCGUACCCGCGCUAUUUCUUUCUCACCCAUCAGACUCUAGAGACAGACGCGUGGCCCAUCAUUUAGGAGGUGCGGUAAUCUUAUCCAGCGGCACUAUCAGUCUGGUCUCUGAGAGGACAUCGAUUUCCACUGGCUGUAAACCAUCUUAUUUGUGCUUUACAGCCUCGUUGUGCCUUUCGUCUGUUCUCAAGUUGAACUCAAUUCGACACUACAAUGCAGUAACAUGACGCCUAUACGGGCAAGACGGGGCACCAUUUCUAGAUUUGAAGCGACGUACGUUAUUCGAUGCUCGGUUUCGGGACUCACGCUUGGUCCACGACCGCUUUCGCUCCUCGAGCGCGGGACGCUCCGUCUCUGGCUUUACUGCGCCCUCGCUCACUGCAUUGACGUUGAGAAAGUCUAAUGACAUCAAUGUUUGGCUAGCUUUUCCAACCACACAAACCGGCGUCGGCACGUGUGUCUUGCUGAAUACGCCCAGCCCGGCAGCGGUUCAUUCGAGGGAGGUGUAGCACUAGUCUCCAAGGCAAGGUAAAUAUCUCCCGUUUGCUGCAGUAUUGCGCCAUCAGCAAACCUACUCUUCGCGACGAACCCUCUCUUGGGAAUGGUAUGGAAAUUGGUUGUACAGACUAUGAGGGAACAACCAAUCGAUACGGACAUCAAUCAACUGGCGCUGCCAACUCACUGACUUAUGAGAAGGCCCUAAAAGGCGGCAUGGCAAGUCAUGGCACUGCCGCGCCGACCUAGCGACCCCGCUCCACUAGCUUUCGGUUACCUUGUGCCCGCUAGGUUCACCGUUGCUGAGGACCCUCCGUGCAUACGAUGGAGUUUGUCUCACUGCUCAGCAGUCUGUCAGUCAGCCUUCAGGCAAGCUGGGCUUCUAAAUGGUUUUCGAGGUGCAUAUGCGGCUGUCAAUGUGCAUUUGAUGGCUGCAAGUAUCUCAAAGGAAAACGAAAAUUUUCUCCAUUGUGGGCUUCAAGGUUGGAUUUGGGAGUUGCUAGAAGAAUUGAGAGGGGCAAGCAAGGCUCCCUAAUUCGGAUAGUGUUGCGAACUUACCCACAACCCGACUAACCCCGGCCGCCUCGAUAGACUAGUCGACUUAAUGUUACUGAGGCUCUAUCGGAGGAAUCCCACGAACUGGCCUGCCAUCCGCACCUUUGCCCGGCCACGACGUCCGUAUGGACAGGGUUCCCUGCAGCAAACAGGUGAGUGGUCGACGCGAGUCCCGCCCAUCUUCCAGGACUCCAACUGGCAAGCGGGCUAGUUAUCCGGGGUACCCUUCGUGAGAAUGGGACGAUUGAGGAGGGCAUCGCGCAUUCUUGGGAGCGGCCCAAGGCAAUCGGCGAGCUGGGGAUCGUCCCCUCGGCAAGCAUGGUCCACAAUGGCUUCAGCAAAGUUCGUUGACAUAAAGACGAGGUCAAGGUCCCCUCCUGUUGCGAGCCCAGCAAGGCGAUCCUCUUAAUAGCGCCUAUCCGCAGCUUCAGACUCGGUCUCCUGCUUCUGCCACGCCCACCUCUCUUCACCUCACCUCAGGUCUCUAGUCUAUCGUUAGUUGAGCUCUCUCAACCUCAACAUCACCAUGAGAGCCCAAAGCAUCAUCAACAAUGUCCUGAGGGCAGUGGUCACCGCCUCCAGUCUAGUUGCUGCCAAGCCGGUCCUCCCUCGCUGGACUGUUGGACAGUCGGUGACGACUUCCAGCGGCCCCGUUGCAGGGCAUGUUGCUGCUGGUGUCGAACAGGUAUCCGAAUAUUUGGGCAUUCCGUACGCUCAGCCGCCUGUUGGGCCCUUGCGCUUCCAGCCUCCCGUCAAGUUUACCGGUGCUUCUCCUAUCAAUGGCUCAGACUUUGGACACCAAUGCAUGCAGCCGGCGAACGCACCCACUAGUCUGGAAGCUAUCUUGAAGCUCGGUAUUCCCGCUUCGGCCGUUGAAGUGACCAAAGCGUUGGGUGACACGGGCUCUCAGAGCGAAGAUUGCCUGACCUUGAAUGUGUGGACCAAGCCACAAACCGGCGAUUCGAAAAAGGCUGUCAUGGUCUGGGUUCACGGGGGCGCUUUCACCACAGGAAGUUCCCGUAUCCCAGCGUACAACGGAAAGUUCAUUGCAGACCAGAAUGACGUGGUGGUCGUGUCCAUGAAUUACCGCCUCAACCUCUUCGGAUUUCCAGGCAACCCGGUCACCGCCCCGAAUCUUGGAUUCCUCGACAUUCGCCUGGCGAUGGAAUGGGUCCGCGAUAAUGUGGAGAAAUUCGGCGGCGACGUCAACAGAAUCACCAUCUUUGGGCAAUCUGCCGGGGGUUCCUUGGUCGACUACUACUCUUACGCAUACGCGUCCGACCCCAUCGCCAGCGGUUUCAUCCCCAUGAGUGGCACGGCUACCGGAUUCGGUAUCUUCACCAACCAGACUGUGAACGCGAAAUGGUUCAACGUCACGUCAGCGGUCGGCUGCGGUAACAACUUGACCGACCCCAAGGUGGUCUCUGACUGCAUGCUCAGCAAGCCCGCCACGGAUCUCCUCACCGGCCUUUCUUCGCAAGAUGCCGGUAUCGCUUCCGCCGGAGGGCUCUCUUUUGCUCCUGUGGUAGAUGAUCGUCUUAUUUUUGCCGACUACAGCAUCCGCGACUCGGCCAACGCAGGGUAUCUCAUCGGCAACACUGAAAACGAGGCUGGGCUCUUCAAGAUCGGAGCCCCUGACCUCAAUGAGACAUAUUGGUUUGGUUUCAACCUUGUCGCUUUCAGCUGUCCCGCUGCCAGAAGAGCCGCGCGGGCCGUCUCUGCGGGCCAUCCGACAUGGAGAUACCGUUAUUUCGGCGACUUCCCUAACCUUGCUCUUACAACGACGCCGCCCAGUGGAGCAUGGCACGCAUCCGAGCUGCCUGUUCUCUUUGACACCGUGCCCCAGGCGGCAAUCAACAGCACAGCGCAGGAGAAUGCCGUGGGCAAGUACAUGCGUGGUGCGUGGGCAGCUUUCGCAAAGGACCCAGUGUCUGGUCUCCUCAACUACAACUGCCACGGCACGUGGCCCAACUACCAGGCCGACGGUAACACUCUGAACCGAAUCUCAUUCCAGAACCAGACGGGUGCCGAUUUGGCUCAGGGUGCCGAUUUGGCUCAGGGUGCCGAUUUGGCUCAGGGUGACGCUUAUGACGGCUUCUGCGCGCAAGUAGGAGUUCCCGUUGCUUGAGGACUCUGAAAGACGCUCUCUACAGGAAGCACGAAAAGUAAUGAACUCAUAUGAAGCCGCAAUUUCCU